CGGAGAAAAUAAUAAAACUAAAGAAAAACUGCAACUCCAGGCAGAAGCGGUGAGAUGAAUGAAGCCCAGCAUGGAGUGCUGAGUAAAAGAGCAUCAUUUAUUCAACUCAUGAGUAAUUCAAGAGAUCAGUGUCUUCAGGAAUCAGCAGUGAGUCCAUGAGCUGUGUCCGUAUGCUAAUAUUCAAAAAUGGAGAGCUGUGAUCUGGACACAGAUAAUGUGACCCCACCCUCAGAAAAGCGUGAACUCCAGAGAAAGAGAUCAGACUCCCCAGAACCCAGCUGUGUCUCCAUGAAGAGCGAUGCGUCUAUGGCUCAUCCUUUGAAGUUUAAAAAUAGAGACUCCUCACCUGCACACAGUGAACUCCAGAGAAAGAGAUCAGACUCCCCAGAACCCAGCUGUGUCUCCAUGAAGAGUGAUUGGUCGAUGGAUCCUCCUUUGAAGUUUAAAAAUAGAGACUCCUCACCUGCACACAGUGUUUUACAGAAGGCAGGAGACAGAAGAGAAAAGAUCUUCAUCACAGAUACAGGACACGCCCCAGAAUCUCCUGCUGUAAAGGAAUUCCAGAAAAAGUUCAGAUUAAAUCUGAAGGAGAAGUUUCAGUGUUUAAAUGGAGUGAUAAUAAAGCAGGAAAACCGAGCGCUCCUGAAUGAGAUCUACACCGAGCUCUACAUCACAGAGGGAGACAGUGGAGACGUCAAUAAAGAACAUGAGGUGAGACGGAUCGAGGCAGCGUCCAGGAGAAAAACAACAGAGGAAACGCCAAUCAAAUGCAACGACAUCUUUAAGCCCUUAUCUGAAGAAGACGAACCCAUCAGAACUGUAGUGACAAAGGGCGUGGCUGGUAUCGGAAAAACAGUCUCUGUGCAGAAGUUCAUUGUGGACUGGGCUGAAGGGAAAGCAAAUCAGGACGUCCCCCUCAUAUUUCCACUUCCUUUCAGAGAGCUGAAUCUGAUGAAGGACCAAAAACUGAGUCUGAUGGAGCUCCUUCAUGUCUGUUUUAAGGAAACAAAAGAAACCGAAAUGUCCAGGUUGGAAAAGGUUCUGUUCAUUUUUGAUGGAUUGGACGAGUGUCGUUUCCCUCUGGAUUUCCAGAACACAGUGAGAGUCUGUGAUGUAACUGAAUCAGCAUCAGUGCGUGUGCUGCUGAUAAACCUGAUCAAAGGGAAUCUGCUUCCCUCUGCUCUCAUCUGGAUCACCUCCCGACCAGCAGCAGCUGAACAAAUCCCCUCUGAGUACGUCCAUCGAGUCACAGAGGUACGAGGGUUCAAUGACCCCCAGAAGGAGGAGUACUUCAGGAAGAGGGUCAGUGAUUGGCGCCUGGCCAAGAACAUCAUCACACACCUGAAGUCAUUAAGAAGCCUGUACAUCAUGUGUCACAUCCCAGUCUUCUGCUGGAUUUCAGCCGCUGUUCUCGAGAGAAUGUUGGGUGAAGCAGAGAGUGGAGAGAUCCCCAAGACUCUGACUCAAAUGUACACACACUUCCUCAUCAUUCAGACAAACGUCAUCAGAGAAAAAUACUCAAAGAAGCAGGAGAGUGAUGAAGAAAUGCUGCUGAAACUGGGAAAACUGUCUUUUGAGCAGCUGAAGAAAGGCAACCUGAUCUUCUAUGAGAAAGACCUGCGAGGGUGUGGCAUUGAUGUGACAGAAGCAGCAGUGUACUCAGGUGUGUGUACGCAGAUCUUCAGAGAGGAGCCUGGGCUUCACCAGAGUAAAGUGUACUGCUUUGUUCAUCUGAGCAUUCAGGAACAUCUCGCAGCUCUGUAUGUGCAUCUGACCUUCAUGAAGGAAAAGAGAAAUGUUCUUGAUCAGGAUAAUUCUUCGACAAGAAAAAUGCAUAAAAAAAUAAGAAAUGUUCUUGAUCAGAUUUGGUCCUUUCAGACAAUUUCAGAUGUACACAGGAGUGCUGUAGAUCAGACCUUAAAAAGUCAGACUGGACAUCUGGAUCUGUUCCUCCGCUUUCUUCUGGGUCUCUCACUGGAGUCCAAUCAGAAACUCUUACAUGCCUUAGUAACACAGAGAGGAAGUAGCUCCCAGAGCAAAGAGGAAACAGUUCAGUACAUUAAGGAGAAGAUCAGUGAAAAUCUUCCUGCAGAAAAAUCCAUCAAUCUGUUCCACUGUUUGAAUGAACUGGGUGAUGAUUCUCUCGUGGAGGAAAUCCAACGCUACCUGAAAUCUGGGAAACAAAGUGAACUCUCUCCUUCACAGUGGUCUGCUCUGGUGUUUGUGUUACUAACUUCAGCACAGGAGCUGGAGGAGUUUGACUUGAGUAAAUAUACCAGUAUAGGGAAGAUAACACAUGAGGUUCUUGUGAAGGUGAUGCCUGUGAUUGCAGCAUCCAGAAAAGCAGUGUUGUAUGAUUGUGGUGUCUCAGAUGAAGGCUGUGCUGCUCUGAGUUCAGCUCUGAGAUCAAACCCCUCACACCUGAGAGAGCUGGAUCUGUCCUAUAAUACACUCAGAGACUCAGGAGUGAAGCGUCUCUGUGCUGGACUGGAGAAUCCUCACUGUAAACUGGAGACACUGGGGUUGUAUGAUUGUGGUGUCUCAGAUGAAGGCUGUGCUGCUCUGAGUUCAGCUCUGAGAUCAAACCCCUCACACCUGAGACACCUGGAUCUGUCCUCUAAUAAACUCGGAGACUCAGGAGUGAAGCGUCUCUGUGCUGGACUGGAGAAUCCUCACUGUAAACUGGAGACACUGGGGUUGUGGGAUUGUGGUGUCUCAGAUGAAGGCUGUGCUGCUCUGAGUUCAGCUCUGAGAUCAAACCCCUCACACCUGAGAUACCUGAAUCUGUCCUCUAAUAAACUCAGACACUCAGGAGUGAAGCGUCUCUGUGCUGUACUGGAGAAUCCUCACUGUAAACUGGAGACACUGAGGUUGUGUAAUUGUGGUGUCUCAGAUGAAGGCUGUGCUGCUCUGAGUUCAGCUCUGAGAUCAAACCCCUCACACCUGAGAGACCUGGAUCUGUCUGACAAUAAUCUGGGAGACUCAGGAGUGAAACGUCUCUGUGCUGGACUGGAGAAUCCUCACUGUAAGCUGGAGACACUGAGGUUGGGUGAUUGUGGUGUCUCAGAUGAAGGCUGUGCUGCUCUCGCUUCAGCUCUGAGAUCAAACCCCUCACACCUGAGACACCUGAAUCUGUCUAGAAAUAAAAUAAGCAGCUCAGGAAAGAAGCUGCUCUCUGCUCUUAAGGAUGAUGAACAUUACAAACUACAGAUACUGAGGUGA